AGUAAUAAUAAUAAUAAUAAAGUAUAGAGUAGCAUUAAAUGGAAAUAUUAAAGUUAAGCAGAAGUAUUACAAUUGUUAUUAAGUACAUUGCUUGAGUAAAUGUCCUCUGUUUAUGGGUCACAACACAUUACAUAAUGUUAAUCAGGACAUGUUGAUUAUAUUUCCUAUGAAUUAAGUUGUCCCUAAGGUUAAUGGCAUGUUUGUUGUAUAAUGUGUUGAUGAAUGCCUUAAUAUUUGAGUGCUUUUACUGUUUUAAAAAAAGGAAAUGGAUAAACGCAGAUAGGGAACACUCUACUGUAUUGAAUGGUUUAAUUAGGGGGUCCUUAUAAAAGCUCUCAAUGGACUGGAGGUCACACUGUACCAGCUCCCUUGUUAAAUUAAAUAGAAAUCACUCUUGAGUUGCUGUCUAGCUCAAUGGUUCUUCUUUAAUGUAAUGAGGCUGCAGCACGCCUUUUGUAGAACCUCUAACACACCUGAAUGAAGAGGGUCCGCUUUGAACUGAUUUAAGGUCAGUGUCAGAGGCUGAGUGUAUCACAUUUGAGAUUUCUGUCCUCGCCUUCACCUAACCUGAUCCUCUCGUGUUCAGACAGGCUUCCCACUGUAUUUGAAGAUAGCUCGAUGUGAUGGCGAAAGUAAACUCACCGAAUUAGACCGAUAAACUCAUAUAUCACCGUUGCCGGGGUGACAGUAUCCAACCACUUGCAGUAUCCUGGCAACAGUGUCCAAACAAAGGGGCCGCUUUGCCUGGCUAGGAUGAAGAAAAUGAACCGACCGGGCAGCAAACUUAACGAAACAAAGGUGAAGCAAAAUGGCGACGCAGGUGGUCAUCUCUCGGUGUUUACCAAUGUUCACACCGCAGCGGGAAGUCCCGAAACAAGACUUCUGUCCGCCUUUAAGAAAGACACACACACCAAGAAGGCUUACCUGGCAGGGAGAGAGUAUUACAGCGAGGAUGGGGAGACCUUUGAACUGCGUCUUGUUAGAAGAAUAAAGCAACAGCUAAGCGCUGAUCCCACCACCCGCCCGGAGUAUCCAUCUCCCCUCGGCCUGGCAGAAUUCAACAGGCGAGCCACAGAGGUUGCUUUAGGGAAAAGCUCUCGCGCUAUAUUGGAAGAGCGGGUGUUAGGUGUUCAAACUCCUGGUUUCACCGCUGCUGUGCGUCUUGGGGCGGAACUCUUGAAACACUGGUAUGAUGACUGUGCUGCUUGGUGUGGGCCGGUAUUCCUCUCUUCCCCCUGUGAUGACUCAUUUGCUGGUAUCUUCCAGGCAGCAGGGAUCCAAGAUAUCCGUGAGUAUUAUUACUGGGAUGACCAGCAGCGGGGUGUUUGCUUGGAUAAGCUCCUGGAGGAUCUGGAGAAGGCUCCGGAGCGAAGCGUUGUUGUUCUGUCAGCGUCUGCACACUAUCCCACCGGAGCAGACCUCUCUCACAAUCAAUGGGCUGUGAUUACAGAACUCAUCAUGGCGCAGGCUUUUCCCUUCCUCUUACUGCCUCCUCAGGCGCUCUGCUACGGAGAUGGAAGGCGGGAUGCCUGGCCUGUUCAGUACUGCGCCUCGCAGGGGAUGGAGCUCCUCUGUGCUCAGUCUUUCUCCCACUGCUUUGGACUCUAUGGCGAGGCUGUCGGUCACCUCCUGUGCGUGUUAAAGCAGAACUCCCUCCUGUUAUCUGUGCAGUCUCAAGCUGACAAAAUAGUCAGGUCACUGUGGGCCCAGCCGUCCGCAGGAGGAGCAAAUGUUGUUGCCACAGUGCUCAGUAACCCAGCACAUGUUGUUGAAUGGAAGGAAGAAGUGAAGUACAUUGUGGAGCGAUGUAUGCUGAUCAGAGAACUGUUGAGAGAAAGGCUGAGGCUUCUGGGAACUCCAGGUUGCUGGGACCACCUGACUCAACAAAGUGGACUCUACUGUAACACCGGCUUGAAUAAUGAUCAGGUAGAGUUUCUGUCUAAGAGGAGACAUGUGUACUUGCUCCCCAGUGGCUGUCUCAACGUGAGCGCAAUCAACGGACGUAACUUGGAUUACAUAGCCGAGUCUAUCCAUCUGGCCCUGACCCCUUCACUCUGACCAAGUGGCUUUUGAAUCAACCUCUGAAAACAGAGUCAAAGGGGCUUCCCGGCCUGACUGCAGCUCAUCUGGAUCGAUCUUAUCCACGUGGCAUAUUGAAAAGCUCAUGAUUACUGUAAUCACUAUCACAGGUCUGGCUAUUGCAGAGUAGGGAAAACAUACAGAUCAAUAGACCUGACUUAUUAUGAGAAAGGGGCAAUCUUUAGUAAUUGUAACAGAAACCAGGUUGUAUAAGAUGUGUUCAUGUGUCCUGUGAUUUGUGUUUAGAUUAGGUCAGCCAUGUAGAUAAGGGAAAAUGACAGCAGUGAUGUAAUCAUGUUGUUUCUUUAGCUGCUUUUGUCUGCAGUGGCUCAGAGGCUCACUUGCUUCAAUGCAUUUCCAUAUAUUCGCACUGUUGGUAUUGUGUUGCGGCUUAUAUUUGUGUAGUCACAACCUGGAGACUCUGUAUAAGGUGUCUAAAGCCUGCAGUUUAUAAACUUAGCUUAUGUUGUUAGCUUGGCUCAGAAGGAUUAUGUUACCUCUGGUUUGUUUAAUUCUUACAAAAAAACUAAAUGUAUUUUUGUGAAGUUCAAAAAACACAAAUUGCAGUUUUUACAUCUUUGUUUUUUUGCCAAUUCAAAGUGAUCCUUCCAAGCAAAUAAGUGUAUUUACUGUAGUCCAACUAUCCAUUUACCUAUAUAUAAUGGAUGUUUACCAUAUAUGUUAAUGUAAAAAAUGGAUAUCUCUCAUUUUGAACUGAGUUCAGUUAUGUAUUGUUUCCUGUUCUUCUCUGGACCAACAUGAUUAAGACUCACCAGCACGGUGUAAUAUAAGUUGAACCAAGAGCUUAUCAGUGCCCGAUAGGGAAAAGGCCUCAGACACACAGCAUGUUGCUCACUGUUUCUCUCCAGCAUCUCAAAUUCCCUUAUGUGCUGUAAACAUCAGUCGGAAAAAUGUAUCUCAAAUAUAUUGAACCCCAUAGUGUGUACACAGGCGGUUGUUGUGUCUCGUCAGAAAUGUUAGUCUUGUCAAGUUUCUUGUUUGUGUCGUCAUGCCCCAGGUCUAUGGUUGGUCAUGUUUUAUGUUUUGUUUAGUCAUUUUUGUCUUGUCUCCCCCUGAUUGUUUCCACCUGUUCCCUGAUACCUCAUGUUUAAAUAGUCCUGUCUCCCCCUGUCUUGUGCCAGUUCGUCUUGUCCUGUCUGUGAGUCAGUAACCAGCGUACCAGCAUUGUGUUUAUUAAUCCUCCAUGUGAGCGUCUUGAGCUCUUGUUGAU